AUGUCCACAGGCAUUGAGAGAGAAAUGCGCAUCAUGUAUCAACAGCCUCACCUGGUCCCGCCCAUGAAGCUUACCGUGUUUGAUGGACUUCCUCCAACUCCUCCACCACCGCUCCCUUCACAGUUGUCGCAAUGGGUUUCCCAGGGCAAAUCGUCCCUCAGAUCGAGCCUAUCAAUGCGGAGACAGACCUCCAAACCCGUCAUCUCUGGCCCUCACCCGUCACUGCCUUUGGCGCCACAGCUUCCUCUGCGACGAGCGGCACAGGAGUUCCGCCCGCUCGAGCUCAGCAUCUAUAUGCCGAACAAUCGACUUUCAGACCUGCCAGCUUUUGAUAGGUUGAGUUUUACAGACGGUGGCGAAAUCAAGAUCCCACCCCGAGCAUUGGUGCGAACAAAGUCAGAGGAGUUUAUUCCGCACAAGCUUUCGCUACUGCCUGCUCCUGUAAAGCCUGCCUCAAUGAUUGAACAGCGCCGGAUGUCCCAUGUACGGCCCGACGCCUCCUCGACUGUCAUAUCCAUGUCUCGACCGCCUUCCGAGUACGAUGCUCUGCACUCUCAUCCUGUUUCAUGGUCAUCUUUCCCAGGUCUACCUCCACAAAUCCACUUUCCCGGUGUUCGUUCAGAAGCAUCUGUGGCUGUCUUGACCCCAAUGCAAGAGGAAUUCAGCCCUCCAGUCACAUCGGUCACUAUCGGUGAUACGGUACUCGACUUCCCCCGGGUCAUCGAAACACCAGCAGAGCAACAUGACCGUGUGCCUCCAGAAGCUCCAGCACCGCCGCCAACUGUGCCUCCAGCACCUGCAAGGAAUUUCUCCAAGCCAGCGGAUAUGAACUCGCCUUCAGGCUACUUCCAUCCCAACUAUCAGACUCAAAAGCGAAUCUCCCAGUGGCUCGCCCACCGCAGCCAUUCUUCCUCAAUCAGCACCACUAAAUCGUCGUCAACGUCGUCCUCGUUCGCAGAACACCGCCGCAAGCGUACUCAAUUCUAUCAACUCUCCGCUCCUGCAGGAGCACCGCCCAAGCCGUUGAAUCUCUGGCCACGCCAACACCACAGGACAACGACGGAGUCAACCGUCGCUAGCACCGUUGACACUGACAUUCUCUCCUAUGGCAACCAAAGCCAGACAGACGCGACAAGCGUCACCACCACUAUAGCCGUGGACUGGCAAAGUCGAAGUGGCACGGUUAAGGGUGUCUCCAAGGGAGGUGGAGGUUUGAGACCCAUUGUCAGCGGUGUCCCUGAUGUGCCGCCUUGCUAUGCGGAGAUCAUCAGGGAUGCUGACGAGAUGAUCAUCAAGGAAAUUGGUGGCCCCCUGAGAAGUCCAGGUGUGGGGGUCGCUUUCUGA